UCCAAACGGAACAUUAGAUGGAAAUGAAACUCCGGUAGGCCCGCACGCGCGUGGGUGGAUGGCGGUUGGCGGUCUUCCAUGGAUGCGUGCAGCUAAACUUCACGGUCUUCUACAGCCCGAUCGGUAACACGAUCCACUGUUCUUGCACGCUGUGCUGCUCCUUGGCCACCCAUAAAUGGUUGGUCUCCGCUCGUCAUCUACCAUUCAAUGACCGCUAUUUAGCUGACACCAAAGGCUUUACUUUCUCCAACCCCACCGGACCACUCCCCGGAGAUUCCCCCGAUCCGUGGGGGUAGCAGUAGCAGCAGAGCAGCAAAACCAUGGCGACAUCAUGGGAGACGAGUGUGACGGAGUCCAUCAACGCCGUAUACCUCCUGUUCUCGGCGUACCUAGUCUUCGUGAUGCAGCUCGGCUUCGCCAUGCUUUGCGCCGGCUCCGUCCGCGCCAAGAACGCCCUCAACGUCAUGCUCACCAACGUGGUGGACGCCGUGGUGGGCACCGUGUCCUACUACCUCUUCGGUUUCGCCUUCGCUUUCGGCGGCUCCAACCCCUUCAUCGGGACCUCCUUCUUCGCGCUCCACCACGUCCCCAACGACUCCUAUGACUACGCCUACUUCCUCUACCAGUGGGCCUUCGCGAUCGCUGUGGCGGGCAUCACCAGCGGCUCCAUCGCGGAGCGCACUCAGUUCAGCGCCUACCUCGUGUACUCCUCCCUGCUCACGGGGUUCGUGUACCCGGUCGUGGCGCACUGGGUGUGGUCGUCGGAGGGGUGGCUCAGCCCGAGCGCCGGCGGCGUGGGGCUGCUUUUCGGGUCUGGGGCCAUCGACUUCGCGGGGAGCGGGGUGGUCCACCUGGUGGGGGGGAUCGCGGGCCUGUGGGGGGCGGUGAUCGAAGGGCCACGGGUCGGCCGCUUCGACGCGUUCGGGAAGCCCGUCCCCAUGCGCGGCCACAACGCGACGCUGGUGGUCCUCGGCACGUUCCUGCUCUGGUUCGGCUGGUUCGGGUUCAAUCCCGGGUCCUACGCCCGGAUCCUGGUGCCCUACCCGGACGCGCCUGACCAGGGGAACUGGACAGGGGUUGGGCGCACGGCGGUGACCACCGCACUCGCCGGCUCCACCGCGGGCCUCGUGACGCUCUUCGGCCGCCGGCUGUUGGCGGGACACUGGGACGCGUUGGACGUGUGCAACGGGCUCUUGGGCGGGUUCGUGGCCAUCACCUCCGGCUGCGCCGUGGUCGAGCCCUGGGCCGCCAUAGUCUGCGGGUUCUUCGCCGCCUGGGUGCUGAUAGGGCUCAACACGCUCGCGUUGAAGCUACGGUUCGACGACCCACUAGAGGCAGCGCCGCUGCACGGCGGGUGCGGGGCGUGGGGGCUCAUCUUCACGGGGCUGUUCGCCAAGGAGGAGCUGGUGGUGCAGGCGUAUGAGUCGGGCGAGGUGGGGGUUAGCCGGCCCUUCGGGUUGCUGCUGGGGGGCGGAUGGGGGCUGCUCUUGGCGCAGGUGGUGGCGGUGGUGGUGAUCGUAGGGUGGGUGAGCCUGACCAUGGCGCCGCUGUUCUACGUGCUGCACAAACUACACCUGCUGAGGAUAUCGGUGGACGAGGAGCUGGCGGGGCUGGACAUCUCCAGCCAUGGCGGCUACGCUUAUGUGGCGCACCCGGAAGAACAUCACCCACGAUUCUACGCGGACUACACGAGCAUCGCGGAUGGGACCCGUUGACCCGCGAGUUGGAGCGGAUGAUGGAUAGAGAGAUUGGUAGGUGCGAGUUCGCUGGAUAGGAGGCGAUUCGUUGGUUGAUUGGGCCUCGUGUCGGCUUUGAUAGUAUUGGUGAUGACGAAUGUGCGGUCAUGUAUCGUCGUUCUUUCGUCUGUCAAGCGUGAUGCGUUGGAUGAAAAGAAAACUGAAUGAACACGACCUAACCGUCGUCGAUUAGAUUGAA